AUGAAGCUAACGGAGGAAGGUUUUGAUGUGCUGCUUGCCACAUGGAUUUUUGUUCCACCAGGUAAUGUUUUGUGUGACCUCUGUAAUGCUUAGCUGAAAAUCAGGUGAAAUCAAGCCGUGUGCUGUGGUUCUGGACAAAAGGAAAUAUAGUGAUAUAUGAGAUGAGGAUUGAGGAGAAUUACGAGGAUGGAAGCGGCAUCACAUGAUGACUGAGAAAUGUUGUCUAAAUGGGGCAAAAUAAGAUUUGUGCCAGGAAUGCUGUCAGCGGCUCCUAGCUGAUUGCCCAAGAAAGUAUAAAGACAAGGAAAAGUUUCUUACUGUCCUUUUCUCUUUCAAACAUUAUAGAGAGAGGCUAUAGAACCCAGCCUCUUGGAUAAUGGCGUUGUCCCAAGUGAAACUCCACCCCAUCUCUCCCACUUCCUCAUUCAUCACUUCAACAGGUGCUACUAUAUGCCCUCUGUCUUUGAGUUCUUUGCACUCCUACUUUUAAGGCCCGCCGGUUUCUGGGAGAUGGAGGGUGCGCAAUGCUUUCUAAUGACAAGAUGUCAGCCAGGUGUUGCUCUGACUCUGACUGCUCGUCCUCUCCCAUGAUUUCCCAACUUUCCCCCUCAUCUGCCUCUGAGCUGUGACCUCCUGCAAACCCUUGUUGUAAAUCUAUACUGUCUUCCUCUUCCUCCUCCCUGGAAGGGUCAGGAUGGGGAGGCGGUCUCCACCAUUCCUCCUCUGCCCAGUCCCUGACAGUUAGACUGCUUUGAAAACUAUGAAUGUGAAAACUUCUCUGUGACUACUAGGAAUAUUAGGGGGGGAAACCCUAUUGGAGACUGUGGGAUUUGUAAAAGCUUCUGUAGUGUAAACAUAGAUUUAUUUCUGUCUUUCCGUAUUCCCCAUUAGCUGCCCUCUCUUUUUGCUUUCCUAUAGAUUCAAAUGACGCUCCUUUGGUGUUCCCCCUGAUGCCUUGCUGUGAUUCCGACGAAAACAAGGCAGAUGUAACCUUCGCCUGCCUCCUUGCUGCAAAUAUGAUAAAUUUAGCAACUAUUGAGUGGCAACCCAGCAACAGUCAAGCAAAAAUGUUCCCAGCAACACAGCAAAAAAUAGGCAGCAGAUUUUACAGUGCCAGUCAGCUGACAGUCCAUUCGGAAGAACUUAAAACAAAAUCUUAUCAGUGCCUUGUGAACCAGAAGCCAGAAAAGGAGGUACGACCAUCAGCAACCAUCCACUACAAUGGUAAGAUGUGGGAUGGCAGCGGCGGGUGGGGGGCAAAAGCAGAUUGUGGGAUCUUAAAAAAUGCCACACGCAAACAAAGUCAGCUAUUCUUUUGAGCCAAUUGUACCCAUGUUUUUUAAUUCACUUCAGCAUUUUUAAAAAAAACAAAACAAAACUGGCCACCACGAUCAAAAAAGUCAUAUUUUUUAAAAUCUGAAUCUAAUACAGAUUAUAAAACAAAGUUGGAAAUGUGAAGUCAACAAAAACUGAAAGCUGCAGAAAUAGAAUGCACUAAUUAGGGAAGGCAUGGGAGAAACAGCUUCAACAUACAGUGAAAGCAUAACAGCGUUAGGGCUUCUGUCAUUGCGUGUUGAGGUCCCCAAGACACCCCCCAAUAAAACACAAUUGACAUAUAAUUUUAGUUUAAGGUUUUUGGCAUAAUUUUGGCCACAACUUUAUUAAAAUUACAAGCGAUAUGAGUGGCUGCUUAGGCAUUGGUUGCGAAUAUCUGACCCCACACGAGGACAGACUGACAUUCGUAUGCCCACGAAGUCAGAAAGGGGAAAAACAUUUUGGGGAGAGAGACGGGACUGGGAACCAUGCCUCACCUCUCCCCAAAUGCUCCCAGGGGCUCUUGCGUGGCCCUAGCCCCUUGACAGGGGUUCAAACAAAAGCAUGGCAAACCCCCGGGUUCCUGUAAUGGAAAACCCCUGCAGCAGCAGCAUUUUGGAGGCAGGCACACCAACCAAUUCCAAAACCAAUGGCUAACCGCAACCUUACAAGUUGUGACGAUUUGCACCAGCCAAUCAGCCAAAUGGACAAAAUUCCUACCGGGCCCCUGCCCCAAAAGCACAUGACCCCAUGACAGGCAUAGCAAGGUCAAGCGAACAACCUGAAAACAGGGAGGGAAGGUGGUGUUUAAGAGCUAUGGUUAUCAGUCAUGAAAUAGCAACAUUUAAAUCUCCCAAGCAACAGGCAGAACAAUGAUAAUGGUGGCCAAACUCUUUUUUGCCUAGCAACAGUGGGUGUCUUGCUAGCUCCCACCGCAACAUGUGCUCUUCAUGAAGGAGAACACGCUUUUUCAAGGAAAAGCAUUCCAGGGAACUGAUUCAACAAGGCUAAAAGCACAUCCUUCAGUCACAACAUGCUUUAUCACAUUCUGCCAUGUGGGCAACCAUGAUGUGACAGAAAGCAACCAGCGUUAAGGUGACAUUCCAGCCUCCCCAAUACAUUUCCAGUCAACUUUAUAAAAUGCUCAUGUGAAGCAUACAAUUGGCAUUAUUAGCAUGGGCAUUUGAAAGAUGAACCUGCCCCCUUUGAGAGCCGGAGGAUGUUUGACAUUAAAUACAGGGAUUAUGGUUUUGUGCAUCCUUUUUAAAAACGAUAUAAAAAUCAGCUACUGGAGGCUCCAAGAAACAGGUAACCUCUUCCUCCUGGAAUGUGAUCCAAUUGAAAAUUGUGCCCCCCUCCCUUCUCCAGCUGCUAUUUGGCAUGAAUUGGAAGCUACCACUGAUGUCAAUCUUAUGUUCCCUCCCAUGCGCAGUAGCAGCUUCAGGAUGGGGUGAUUUUGUCAGGAUCACAGUCUGGAGGGAAAUGAUUAAUCUCCUCUCUGUGUACACACCACAUGCAAAUCCUAUUAGCCCACUUUCCCAUGCUCCAGCAGCUGCUAUUUAAUAUUUUUAAAAAGAUACACACAAUAUGAAAGAAUGCACUCAAUGUCGUACAUAGUUUCUCCCCAGAUUUCCUCUUUUUCUCAUGCUGUUUUUGAAAGGAAGGACACUUUUAAAAUAGAAACCUAAACCCCAACUCUUGAGGUAUGGAGGGCAUUGUGUGUUCUGCUGUUGUUUUAAAGCACAGAUGAGAACCUAUGUUCCUCCAGAGGUUGCUGAAUUCUUACCCCCAUCAUCCUGACCAUUGGGCCAGACUGACUGGUGCAGAAAGGAGUCAAACAGCAUCUGAAGAACCACUCCACCCCUGUGUUAAUACUUUAGGUUAUGUUUUACUUGUUAGCGUUUUCAUAGUUUGUUUUUCUAUCUUGCCUCAUCUUAUAUAGGUUUUCUGUAGGCUUUCUUAUACGAAUUAAUCCAGCAAACAUAACAAAAAUCUGCUCUCUGCUCUCAGAUUGCACUCUACAAGCUCGAAAGCCAAUCCAAGUUAACAUCUUGACCCCCAGCUGCGGUGAGCAGGCCGCAGAGACCAGCCUAGACCUGGUAUGCUUCCUCCGGAGCCUUGGCCCUGGGAAAGCCUAUGUGGAAUGGCUGAGGAAUGGAGAAGUGGAGCAGGGCAGAGUGCAGGUGUCACUGGCAGCGGACCAAGGGAAAAGCAGUAGCUACUCCAGAUUUGUCCAACGGAAUAUCACCAAAGAGAGCUGGGACAGAGGGGACAUCUACACAUGUAAAGUGGCUCGAUCAGUUCGUAGCCCGGACAUCAUAAUGUACAACACCAGCAAGUGCCAGGGUAAGAACUACCAGCUCUAAAGGAUAAGGGAAUGAUGGGUGGGUGGAGGUUAUGCAUUAUUACCAGGGGCUUGCCAGGAUGUAUGCAACAGAGCUAUGUUAUAAACAGCUUAAGACCAGGUCACCUAAAAGGGAGAGAUUGAUUGAUUGAUUGAUUGAUUGAUUGAUUGAUUUGUUCAUUCAUACAUACCCCGUCCAUCUGGCACCAGCACUUUGAAUUGUGCUCAGAAAUGUACUGGGAGUUAAUGCAGGUCUUUCAGGACUGGUGUUAUAUGGUCUCAGCGACCAUAUUGGGGGGAAAAGGUGAUGGAUAUAAUUGGCAAAGUAGACAAAGAGAAUACAGAUAGUUUCUCUCUACAGUCAAAUCAAUCCCAAUAAAAUUAUACCUAUAUUUUACAAAUGAAAAAAGUAAAAAUGGGGAAACAUUGUUUUAUCCACAUUUUACCUCAAAAAAAGGACAUACAUCCAAUAUUUGUAUAUGCAACAGCCCUUUCAUAUCUACUGAUAAGCAAGACCCUCUGUAUUUAAUGGAGUUCGUUUCCAAGUAACUAUGGACAGCUAGUGUUCGUUCUCAUUUUGGGUGGGUGUGUUUUUUGCACAUUCAAGGAUUUUAAAGAAUCUUUCCCAAUCUCUGUAUCUUACCCUCCUCUCCAGCCUGCUAUGCUUCACUGCUAAAACCUACUGUCUCCAUCAUCAAGCCAUCCUACAGAGAUGUGGUUGAAGGGACAGCCAAUGUUACUUGUGCUGUGGUUGGUUUUGGCCUUGAAAACAUUGAAGUUACUUGGGAUGUGGAUGGCAAGCCCAGUACUAUGGGUCAGAAGACCAUGAGGGGAAAGGAUGCCAGUGGAGAACAGGAGAUUAAAAACACCCACAUGAUAUCUUUGGAACAAUGGAGAAAGGGUACCAGAUUCACCUGCAAAGUGGCUGGAGGUUGCUAUGAAGAAGUCAUCAAACAAUUAACAAUCAAGAAAGAAACACGUAAGUAUGGAUGUCUAGGUCUGGCUGCUAGAAGUAAACUCAGCUAUCAAGUUCUCCUUCUGCUCUGAUUACAAACUUUCUACAUUAUUACCUUUAAGGGCCAGUAAUUGGCUGUGAUUCUUCUUGGUGUUUGUGGCCUAACCACAUAGUUCUGGUGCCUGCAGUGAGAAAUCAGUGAGGCACCCACCUAAGAAUAAUAAUAAUAAUAAUAAUAAUAAUAAUAAUUUAUUUCUUAUACCUUGCCCAUCUGACUUGGGUUACCUCAGACACUCUGGGUGGCUUCCAACACAAUACAGAGGUGAAUGGAAACAAAAAACAAACAAACAAUACAUCAAACAUUAAAAGCUUCCCGGAACAAGACCUUCAGAUGCCUACGAAAAAUCAUAUAGUUAUUUAACAUCUGAUGGGAGGGCGUUCCACAGGGCAGGCCUGAUUCCUGCCUGGUUCCCUGUAAUUAUAGUUACCUGCCUGGUUCCCUGUAAUUAUAGUUCUAGCAAUGAGGGAACCACCAGAAGGUCCUCAAACCUGGACCUCAGUGUCUGGGCUGAAUGAUGGGGUGGAGACAAUUGCAGUUCAAAAGCAUACCAGUGCAAGUAGAUAAAUAGGUACUGUACCACUGAGGUGGGAAGGUAAACGGCGUUUCCAUGCACUCUGGCUUCCGUCAUGGUGUUCCGUUGCGCCAGAAGCGGUUUAGUCAUGCUGGCCACAUGACCCAGAAAGCUGUCUGUGGACAAAUACCAGCUCCCUCGGCCUGAAAAGCGAGAUGAGCGUCAUUCCUCACAGUCAAAUUCAACUGGACUUCACCAUCCAGGGGGUCCUUUACCUCUACUCCUUCAGGUAUACAGGACCAAAGCCAUUUAGGACUUUAAAGUUCAACACCAACUCUUUGAAUUGUGCUCAGAAACGCACUGGGAGCCAAUGCAGAUCUUUUAGAACCAGUGUUAUAUGGUCCCAGUGGCCACUCUCAGUCACCAGUCUAGGAGCUGCAUUGUGGAUUGUUUUAAUUGGUUUAUGAGUCUCUCUCACAUACACAAACCAUGUGCGCGUGUGUGUGUGUGUGUGUAAGAGAGAGAGAGAGAGAGAGAGAGAGAGAGAGAGAGAGAGAAAUUGUCCUGAGCAAGUCUGCUAGCACAAAUCUAGGCACUUCAUUAAUAAUGAUAGUCUCCGUCUUUUGAAUUCAGAAACCAUGGAGCCCUCCAUCACCGUUUCGAAAGCCAACUUUGACGUCUCGCUCCAGAGUACCGUGGCCCUGAUUCUUGUCUGCAAUGUGAAUGGGUUUUCCCCAGAGGAAAUUAGCAUCUCAUGGAAGAAGGACAACAAUAUCCUGAAUGAGACACUGUAUGACAACGGACCAGUGACACCAGCUGGGAAGGGGUACACCACUUACAGCAUCCUUAAAAUUGGCAGAGACGAAGCAGGGGGGAAGGGCGGCAGCUACAGCUGUGUGGUCCACCAUUCCUCGUCCAACCAGCCACUCACUAAGAGUGAAAAGGUACCCAUUGGUAAGUGAAUCUCCCAAGGUGGGUGCUGAGGUUGCAAAGAUCGGUCAGGCUCUUUGUAUGAAUGAUAAUCUUCUAACACUUUCCUCUCUAGAGAAGGUUGCAUUUUUUAGUAUGUCACAUCAUUCUUGGGGGGGGGGGGAACACACAUGGUCAUAGCUAGGAGAUAGACGCACCAAAGCUAAGAAAGGCCUGUUCACAGGAAAAGGUCUUGUUCCUUUCCCUUAUCUCUAAAUAUUGUAAGUUGCUAUAUUUGUUUAAAAAGCCCUAACAAGUGACUAGCUGGGAGCCUGAAGGGCCCUGCCCUGAUUCUAUCCACCUGGCUUGGGAUGGGGCCUGACAGGCUCCAAAAAGGAGUGCUGCUGCUGCUGCUGCUGCUGCUGCUGGGAGGGCUCUGUUUUUUGUUUGUUUGGGUUUUUUUUUUAAAAAAAAAAGCUUUUAUUUUUUAUCUAUGUCGUUUUAAAUUGUGAUUGCUAUUAAUGCUGUAUUCUUAGUUUUAGAUUUUAUGAUUUAUGUGGAAAUUGCUUUCCAUUUGGUUGUGUGCUUUUUGAUGUGUUUUAUUUAUUGUUUAUGACUUUUCUUAUGUUGGUAAUUGUGCAAAUCUUGUCAUGUUGUAAGCCGCCUUGAGCGUUGUUUUAACUAUGGAAAGGCGGCAUACAAAGAAAAUGAUGAAUGAAUGAAUGAAUGAAUGAAAAGUAGGGUAUGGUAAAAAGUUUGGGAUUCGGUACAAGGGUUCUUCUGCCAAUGCAGAUUUCACACUGCACGCUAGUGCAACCAGUGUUACAUCAGUGUUACACCAGUGCAACGCUACAGUUGGGAUGUAGCCACCUAUUCAGCAAUAUAGGAAGAGGCAACUGUGCCUUGAUUCAGAGAAGGGUAGAUGGAGAACACGGAAGACAUAGGAUAGAGGAGAAUCAACACUGAGCCACUGUGUUCCCUUCAACAGGGCCAAGAGUGCUUGCAUGCCCCUAAUUUGCAGUGGUUGCAGCUACAUAUAAUAGAAUCAUUGAUUAGAGUUGGAAGGGACCCUGAGGAUCAUUUAGUCCAAACCCUGCAUGCAGGAAUAUGCAGCUGUCUCUUACAUGGAUCAAACCUGCGACCUUAGUAUUAUCAGCACCACAUUCUAACCAACUGAGCUAUCUGAAUAUUUCUGUGAGGAGGGGGCAGUGGCAGAGGAAGCCUCUCUGACACCUGGGGUGGUGUGAACUGCCUAUAAGGGUGGGGCGAACUGCCCAUUGGGAGGGACGGGACGGAAAGCGCAGCGCCCACCAAGAGGGACGGGAUGGGGCGUGUGGCACCCAUUCCCACCCCCCUCUGUUUUUGCCCGCCUGCCUGCUUCCUGUCCUCUCCCCUGCCUGCUUGCCUGCCUCCUCCAGGCAGCAGCAUGGGGCAACGACGCACUGCCCCCGUGACUCCCAACCCAGGGUGUGGGGCGAUCACACCCAGACAGAGGGCGCGAUCCGGCCCACAUGGCCGGGCCAAGAGGCGCGAUUCGGCGUGGCGGUCUGGGCCAGGGCACGAUCUGGCGCAGCGGCACAGCUGGGGGACACGAUCCGGCCCAGCCAGGGAUGGCACCUGGGGCGCCCCACCCCCACCUUGCUCCGCCUCUGGGAGGGGGUGCGUGUGUAAUGAGGACCAAAGCAUAGACUAACAGUGGGAUGGUAAUCCACUUGGACCAGGGCAAAGGAUCGCAUACCAAGAGUACACACUCACAGGAUGCAACCUAAUAUACAACAAACUUAAAGUCAGGAUGUAACUAAGCCUCGGUAAGAUAUCUCCUGAAAUCUCACUCAUGGUGUGAAGCUUAACCCUAAAGCCCGUGCAGGCAGAUGUGGUGUGGAGCACUCUCAGCAAAACCUCACGGCAUGUUUCCAUGCAUAUUUAUUGUACAAAUGUUUCUGGUGAUGACUUGCAUGUGCAAGACGGCUAUCAAAAAACACCACAGGCAGAGCAUUCUUACCACCUCACCUCACUUCUCUGCUUUUCAAUGAGGAGAAGUUUACACAUUCACCUGAGAAAAACUGGGCGCAUCUGUGGAUCAGAGUUCAGGCUUUGGUGAGUCUCUCCAAACUGUUGAUACCAGAGGGAAUUGUCUUGUCCUCUGAACUCAGCACACGGACAGGAUAACCUUUAGGCGUAAGCAGUUGUGAAGACAAUAUAUCCUCAUUCAACACAACUCUUAACUUCAUUGACCUAAGGACCUCUGCUCUGCACCUACCAUUGCUGGGUUCACCCAACUGAUUCUUGACCCCCUGCCACACUUUCUGCGCAUGCUCAAAAUUCAGUUCUGUCAGCUUCUCCACCUAUCGCACAACAACACUUCUACUGCCUAUGCCAGGAAUUCACACAAGGUCCUGUUUGCUGUUCCACUUUGUUUCACUCGUGAAGAAUUUCUUCAUUUCUUUCGCUUAUGCUCCUGAGGACUUCCUUUUUCUUAAUACAGGUAAAUUUGAUGUCUUCCUAACCCACCCUGCAAUGCUACUCUUUCCCAUUUUAUGAUGGCUACUUAUAACAGAAGUUUCUUCACAGACCAGCUUCAAGCACCUACUGUUGAAAUCCUGCAGUCAAUAGACCAAGAAAAUAAAACCAUCACAUUGAAGUGCAUCGCAUCUAACUACAGACCCCCAAAUGUGAGCAUCGAGUGGAAGGCUGGUCCACAAAACAAGAAAGUAACAUUUGUGGAACGAAAGAUGGCGGACGGGACAUACAGUUCCAGCAAGCAGUUGAAAAUGCCCAUCUCUCAAUGGCAAGAAGUGGAGAUCAACACAUGCGAGGUGGUGCAUGAGGCAACAAAUACAAAGGUGGUCAGGAACAUCUCGAGAAAAGGUAAUGUUGAACAAUAAACCACAGAACUAAUUGCCAGAAUUUCUGGGCUGAAUCCCUCAGUUAGACAAUGAAAAUUAAGCAAGCCACUUAAGUCAGGCCUAGUUAGCCACCCAUCAUCAGAGCAGCCAAUGAGUUUUCUGGAGUUGGAUAGAAAUUAAGAGACAAAGUUCUUUGGUUUGGGACAGCAGGUCUGAUGGCUGAACCAUGGACAGAAGCAACAGUGAAAAAUUUGAGAUACAAAGCUGAAUAUGGGAAAGGCAAAGCAGGAAGAAAAAGAAUAUAGAUAGGACAUACGAUUCCCAAAUCACUGAUGGUUUUAUUCCAGCGUCACUAGUGUUAUUUUGAAGAAUCCAACGCUCACCACAGUCUUACAAAAUAGAUUUGCCUUUCCCUCUCUUUCUCUUCAGACUGGAUUGUGCCGACAGCUCUCUCAUUGACUCUCAGCACUGACCCACUCUGUCCCAGCACAGGACUGGGGAACAGUGGUAACAUCACUUUAGUCUGCUCCAUCUAUGGCAACUCCCUAGAGAACAUCCAAGUCACCUGGGAGGCCAGUGGGAAGGCUCAAGAGGCCCCCAAGCCUGCAAACCUUCUGAAGAAUGCUGGCCAGUUUUAUACCAGGAGCAACUUGGUUGUGCCCCUGAAGGAAUGGAACACGCUACAGAAGUAUACCUGCAAGGCAAGGCAACCUGGUACAAAUAGCAUCCAGACAAGCAGCAUCAGCAAGUGCACAGGUGAUUUUCCAAGCCUACUGCAGAAUAUCUCUCUCUCUCUCUCUCUCUCUCUCUCUCACACACACACACACACACACACACUUUCUCCCUCUCUUGCUCUCCUUAGUCCAUUUCACUCCCCAGAGAGAAAAUUCACUCAUUUGCUCUACUGUCCUGCUCUCCUACAUUUUCCCUGGUUCCUGUCAGAUCUAAGGCAAACAGACUGCCAGGCAAUCAGGUGUCAUCAGUAGACAAUCCCAGCCUGCACUACAGUAGUGUGUUGGGCAUAGAAUGUAUAAAUCACAUUUCUGAGGACUUGACUAAUAAAGGCCAUCUAAGGAGGAAAUGAUUGGCUUCACCAGAUACGGCUGCCAUAUUUCAAAAAGUGAAAAUCCAGAGACAAAAAAUGUUGAAGUUUUCUUUUUUAGUUUUGCCCAAAGUUGUUGAGCCUUUUCGCCGAAAACAACACUGUCAACAUGUGACCUCUUCCAACUGCAGUAUUCUGGCUAUGUCUGGGAAAUUCCAGGCGUAUGGCAACCCUACACCAUGGGGAAUUUGGUGCAGUUUCCAAAUGUGUUGUUGAAAAAGUUGGGACCUCCCUUCACCCCUCAGCUCCUCUUCUCCUCACAGUGCCCCAUUUCUCUCUAUCUUCCUGCCAAGUGCUUUACUCUGACCAUCAUAAAAAUCCAUCUUUGUCUUUUGUUCCCCUCUAGCAUGUAAAGGGAGCGUCCCACCUCCCAGUCUCUACCUCCUGAAGCCACCUCUUGAGAAACUACUAACCCAAAGUAAAGCUCUCUUUAUUUGCCUUGUUGUGGGAUACGAACUGGACCAUGCCAUGCUCACCUGGAUGGUGAAUGGCAUAAACCACACCAAGAAUGCCGAAAAAGCAAACAUCACAAGCCACACAAACCUCACCCAGAGCUUACAAAGCCAGUUGACCAUCACCAGAGAGGCCUGGGAUUCUGGAAAUGCAAUCCAGUGCCUAAUUUCUCAUCCCUGCUCAUUCUUCCCAGACAUGAAGCAGACCAUCCAAAAAAACAAAGGUGAGAGAAGAUAUGGAGGAAAUGUGUGAUAAGUGAACAACUACUGGUUAUGAAAAUAGCAUCUGAUAACUCCAAAGGAAAUAGUAUUCUGCAUACCAAUGGAUGGAUAAAGGAAAAUGUAUGUGGUGCCUGUCCCUCAUCACUCAACCAUCAGAGACUAGGCCUCGAAUUUAUGAGAAAGUAAUGGGGCUUCAGAUGGACAUAGAUCUCAAAGUUUAGCAUGAAAAUUAAAUACAGUCUUCAGUAUAUCAAUACAGUGGUACCUUGGUUCUCAAACUUAAUCCGUUCCGGAAGUCCGUUCAAAAACCAAAGCAUUCAAAAACCAAGGUGCGCUUUCCCAUAGAAAGUAAUGCCAAGAGGAUUAAUCCAUUCCAGGCUUUCAAAAACAACCCCUAAAACAGCAAUUUAACACGAAUUUUACUAUCUAAUGAGACCAUUGCUCCAUAAAAUGAAAGCAAUAAUCAAUGUACUGUACUAUAAAAUAAAUAAAACAGUAUUGCAGAUGACAAAAAUUGAAAUUAUUUUUUUUCUUAUCUGCACUGAUGAUAGUCAUUGUUUGGAGGGGGGGGCUUUUAUCCAUUUCUGCAGUCACACUAUCAAUCAAUCAGUAGCUGAGCUGGGUUUCACACAGUCACAAAAACAAAUUAACCGAAAAAGCCUCAAAAACAGAAACGCUAAAUAAAUAGCAAAAACAAAAUCACCAAUUAUAAGCUCCAAAUAUCACUUCAGAACACUGCAGUUACAAUGGGGGGACUCAAAUUAGCAGCGCAACAGCAAAACGGAAAGGGAAGACUUGAAUUACAAUGGGGGAUGCAAAUUAGCAGCGGAACAGUAAAAACGGAAGCUCAGGACUCAAAACAGAGCAUGUUCAGCUUCCGAAGCAAAGUUCACAAACCAGAACACCUAUUUAUGGGUUUGCAGCAUUCGAUUUCCAAGUUGUUCAUUGUUGCAAUUACAAUGGGGAGGGCGCAAAUUAGCAGCGCAACAGGAAAAUGGAAAGGGAAGACUUGAAUUACAAUGGGGGGCGCAAAUUAGCAAGCACAACAGUAAAAACGGGAGCUUGGGACUCAAAACGGAGCACGUUCGGCUUCCGAAGCAAAGAUCGCAAACCAGAACACCUAUUUCCAGGUUUUCUGCAUUUGAUUUCCAAGUUGUUCAUGAACUAAGCUGUUCGAAAACCGAGGUACCACUGUAGUGUGAAUCACUAUUCCCCACCACCACCAACAUAGUGCUCUCUCUUCGUGUGUCAUCUAAUUGAAUAUCAACCUUGUCAGCAUUUCUGUUUUCAUCCCCUUCCAUAUAGAUUCCAACCAUGUUAAAGCUCCAUCUUUCAACUUGGUCAUUCUAUCACCAAGACAAUUCAUACACCCUACAUCCCAAGCUGUAGCUUGGUUGGCUUGUGAGGUCUCUGGAUUCUCCCCAGCUGAAAUAUUCAUCAGGUGGAAGAAGAAUGACACAGACAUUGAUGUCUCUGAAUAUAUCACAGGGCCUCCAACAGCCCAAGCUGGAAGCCCCACUUUUACCAUCCAAAGCAUUCUGAAAGUCCCAGCAUCUGAGUGGAGAAGCAGAGCCCUCUAUUCCUGCAUUGUGGGGCAUGAGUCCUUAACUCUUAUGAAGAAUGCCAGUGAGCAUUUGUAUGGUAAGUCUGGGUUCUGGAGAAUGCUUCACUAGCCAAUGAAAGAAGAAGGCUUAACCUUGCACAGAAGAAAUUGUUGUGUGGGUCACUGCCACUAAAAAAAAGAGUUGAAGAAUUGCUCAGCAGCAAUUCUCACCACAAUGAAGGUUAGUUCAUACAUGCAUGAACUCAAUGAUCAUAACUCAACAUUCAGAUGAACACUAAACUUCCUCCGUCAAGAAGCAGCACUUCUCUGCUGACUUCGGAGGUAAGAUAGCUCUGUCUGUGGUGUUAUGGCAGGAAUGUGGAGUUUGCAGCAGUCAUCAGGUGCUGAACAUGUAUGUGUGUGUUCAUCACUUGGAAACAAGCCUCCAUAAGUUGCUUCCAUUGAAAUCAUUGGGAAGAGGAGCUUUACUUCUAAGGAAAUGUGUGUACUUCUCAGUGUUCAAACUUUUGCCAGCCCUGUUCAUUAACCAGGCACUUGAACUGACAGGGAACUCUGCUCUCUAUCCGUGCAUGUUCUGUUUUGCAACCAAAAGGUCAACCCUUUCAUUUCAGAUUUUCUGCAACCAGCUCCCCCGCAGGUGACAGCAUUCCACACCUCGGAAGAUGGGGGAAGCCAGAAACUUGUUUGCUUUGCUACCGACUUCUAUCCCAAAAAUAUAGACAUUGAAUGGGCCACCAAAGGACACAGGCUCAGCUGCAGUCCUAACUCAUCAGCUCUGGUCCCACUUGGUAAUGGGAAGUUCCAGAAGACCUGCAGUUGGGUACUCAGCGGAGAAGAGUGGAGAGAGCCAGAAAUCUAUACAUGCACUGUGAAUCACAGCUCAACCAACACCAUGAUUAAGAAGGACUUGCAUCAUUCUGGUAAGUCAUAAUAUACAGGUAAACCACAUUGAAACCAUAAGGAACCCAAUCCUAAUGGGAAACAGAGUGGCUCUGCAGAGUGCUUAGCCCUUACCACUAAGUAGCCACAAUUAUCAUUAUUCAUACAAGCUCCUAAGAUAUCAUAGGGAAUCGGAGGGCAGAAAGCAAGUUUAAGAUACCACUUUUUUAUUCUAUGCCUUUAACAACUGCAUACUAGCUAGAGAUAAAUGGAAAGAGCAGCAGUUUGCUGAUAGUUGUGGCAAUUGAUUUGAUGAUCAAUUGUGUGCACAGAAUAGGGGGUAGUGGUGGGUUGAUUGGGGGAUGAAGUAGAUGUUUGAGGAACGUGGUAACAAACAUGCUCAGAGCACUUGACUAUAUUUCUGAAUGUCAAGUCCCUGUUUCCACCCAAAGGUGGUAGAAUCAGUUGGACAUAAUGCUGGGCCACAUAUUUCUCUCUCUCUCUCUCUCUCUCUCUCUCUCUCUCUCUCUCUCUCUUGAGCUGGUUUCACAAACAUACACUUUGUCAUUUCCAUCUCAAACUGGAAGAUUCUUCCAUUUUAUAUAGAACUGGUUAUAGCAUCCAAAUCAUAAACUUCUUUUGCUUAAGACUCAUGGGCUAGUCCAACACAGGGUUCUCUUGUGGUUGGAUUAGUCAUUACAAUAGGACACCUUAAACCAACAGAUAGGGUGAUUUCUGAAGAGCACAUCUCAAACCCGUUCAAUCUGAUGAUUAUUUGUUUUUGAAGGAAUGGCCCCACUUCUUAACAAGACAGCUAUCAAAAUGCAGCCACCGCUCUUUGAAGAUCUCUUUAUAAACAAAAGUGCCAUUCUGACAUGCAUGAUGCCCCUUGCAAAUGCAACCAUCAACUCAACAGUCAGUUGGACAAUGGAUGGAGAACCUGCCGACACAAAAGCUGUGACUACCACAUUCUUGAACGAAACCAACAGCACUUCUUGGAUCUACGGACAACUGCGCGUGAAUCUGACUGAAUGGAAAACCACUGUGAAGUUCACCUGUAGCAUCCAAAAUGGCCUAGGAGAAACCAAGCAACACUUUGAGCGAAGGAAUGGUGAGGACUUACAAAAAGGGUGGGCAGGAGCAUAUGAGACACUGAGAGCAAAACAGAGUGAUUCAGGAACACACCAAAGUUACUGGAGAUUGAGUCAAAGUACUAACCCAUUUUGCUCAAUAUGCUAAUUCAGACUGCAGCCAACACAAAAUAAUAUUAAGCUAACACAGCCAUCCAUCACCUGCAUUUAAAGCCACCUGAACACAGGAUUGAAGCUACUGAUCUUAAAAAAUUGUAUACGCAAUGAAGUUUUACCUCUUUUAUGCCAGUUUCAUUUUCAUGAUUUCCACAAAGAAUUACAGGUGUUGUACCUUUCAGAAUGCUGAAAAUACUGAGAGCCACCCCAGUUGUAACAACAACAAAUAUAAUUCCAAUGGUUUUCUGGGGAAAGUGAAAGACUGAUAAACAGAGUACAUUUCAAAUAUGUCCUUAGUGGUUUCUUCCAACAUUUUUUGUUUCCCUUUUUUUAACACAGGCACAAUGAAACCCCCAAAAGUCUACCUCCAGCAACAGUCCUCCAAUGAUGACUUAAAUGUAACCUUAUUCUGCGUGGUCAGAGACUUCUACCCAGGAGAGAUCUUUGUGAAGUGGGAGGAGGAGAAAAAAGGAAUGUCACUGAAGGGUUAUGAUGCUCAUGGUCUGAAAUGUGACCAUGAAAAACAAAGAUGUUCCUUAGUGAGCAUACUUGAAGUCCCCACAAGCAAGUGGCUGACAGGAGUCUCUUACGCAUGCCUUGUAGCACACGUCUCCUCUGAAAACAUCACAAUCAGAAGAACCAAUUCCCUUUCCGGUAAAAUACAUCUUAUCUGCACCUUACCACCAGAUAAAUUCACUUCAUUGCGAAGACAAUGUAAUUUCCUUGACAUCUUGAUUUGGCCUGCCUGCUGUCUUCACAUCCCGCUAGAUGGGAUGUCCAUUCUGUUAUAUCACACAAUGUUAAUGUAUCCUGCAGUUCUAUAUUAAAGUAAUAAUCAAUGAGGUGUUUCUUUCUUUCUUCUUCAUUUGCAUCUUGUGCCCAAUCCAAUAACCAGAUAUAGCUUUUGCACAAAAUCCACACUGUAUGCUGAUCCUCUAAAGAUGCCCUAGGAACACUGUUGGUCUUUGUGGGGUCUAUAUUCAACAAAGAGAAACCAACAUGCCUUCAGCGCACCCUUGUCUCUUAUUUGUUUCAUCGUAUAUUUGCUGUUGUACUUUGUUCUUGCUUUUUUGAAGACUUUCUCCUUCAUCUGUUCUCCAAGGAGUAACCAUAUCAUCUCACCUCAUCCUGCAGAUUCCUGGGACUGUGCCAUCAUGGGUGCUGCUCUGUGCGAUAUCCGCAACGAAAACGAAGAUGAGUACAGUGAACUCGAGGAGGCCAACAGCGUCUGGAACAAAGUUUCCACUUUCAUGGUCCUCUUCACUGUUGCAAUCUUCUAUGGGGGACUUGUCACUUUCAUCAAGGUAAAAAGGGAACGAGCUAGAGCAACAUUUCCCAAACUUGAGUCUCCAGCUGUUGUUGGACUACAACUCCCAUCAUCCCUAGCUAGCAGGACCAGUGGUCAGGAAUGAUGAGAAUUGUAGUCCAAAAACGGAGACUCAGGUUUGGGAAACCCUGGGCUAGAGUCAAACCUUGGAAGCACCACACAAAUGUAGAAGGCACUGGCUUCCUCACUUCUCACCCAACAAUUAAUUGUGGACACCAUCUCUCACGGUCCUAAAUCGUUUUGUGUGUGUACAUUUGACAAAUGUUAUUAAGUGUGAGCAAGUGAGGACAAACUUGCAUUUGCAGACCUGUGUUAAUAUGGAUAUGCACAUCUACCUACUUGUUUGACUGCUUAGUGCUGAUAGAAUGUCCUCUGCCUGUCACAAAAUGGACAUGAGAUCAAUUGGCUUCUAACUCGUGGUUCUCCAGCAACAGCAGAACCAAUGUCCUAGGUGUCCUGUUCUCCUCCCCAAAUCAUUCAGAUAAACAGCAUGGAUUGUUUAAUCUUCUCCCCACCUCUUCUGUUUCCACAGGUGAAGUAA